CCGGGUAUACGUCACGUGAUUGACGCGCCUGGUUUCAUUGGCCGACUUCUGCUCCUUGUUUAUUUCCGGAAGUAAGUUAUCAGUGUCACACUUUCCAUCAGGACUAUCAAACAUCUCCAACGACGCAACAACAGGAUGGCACAUUGGUUUCACAGGAACCCACUGAAGGCAACAGCGCCUGUGUCCUUUAAUUUUUAUGGUGUGGCAGGGAGCCCCUCUGCCAAUAAGAUAUGCAAUGACCUGAGGACAACCAGGGCGAGGCUGCUGGAGAUGUUCACUGAUGUCACCUGCAACCCAGAGAUCAUGAAAAAUGCCACAGAUGCAUACUUCUCCCUCUUACAAGGCUUCAUCUCAUCCUUGGAUGGAACUACACAGGAGAACAAAAUGAGGUUCAUCCAGAACUUCAAGUGGACUGACACCUUACAAGGAAACACACCAAGUGCCCAGCAGGAUGCAGUGUUUGAAAUGGUCUCCAUGGCCUUCAAUGUAGCCGUCUGGUACACCAAGUUUGCCUCACGACUAGCAGGCAAAGAAAACAUAACAGAGCCUGAGGCAAAAGACGUUCACCGGAGCCUGAAGGUUUCUGCUGGAAUGUUCAAAAACCUCAAGGACGUUCACAUCCCUCGCCUCAUCACCCCGGCUGAAAAGGGCAGAGACCUGGAGCCCCGAGUGAUGGAUGCAUACAUCAUCCAGUGCCAAGCAGAAGCACAAGAAGUGACAAUUGCCAGGGCGAUUGAACUGAAGCACAACGCCACUCUCAUCGCAGCGCUGGCAUUUGAAACAGCAAACUUCUAUCAAAAAGCUGACCACACACUGAACACAUUGGAGCCAGAGUGCAGCAGCAAGUGGAGGAAGUAUUUUCAGCUGAAGUGGCACUUUUACAUGGCUUAUGCAUACUGUUAUCAUGGGCAGACACUGCUGGCAAGUGACAAGUGUGGUGAGGCCAUAAGAUCUCUCCAGGAAGCAGAAAAGUGUUACUCCCGUGCUGAGGCGCUGUGUAAAGAGUAUCGUCAGACCAAAGGCCCGGGCACCACAGCCAAACCAUCAGAGCAACUGUUCUUCCUCAAACUGGGCGGCCUCAUUAAAAUCACACUGGAGAAGUGCCAGAGAGAAAAUGGAUUUAUAUACUUCCAUAAGGUCCCAGUUGAGGCCCCCCUGCUGGAGCUGAAGGCGAGUUACGGCCUGGCUGAGCCGGUCACAUUUGAGCUGCCGCCUCUCAGCGAGCUGUGCACUCCUGAGGUUUACGCCACCUUCGAUCUGACUAAAGGAGCCAAAAAUGGAAAGGCAAAACCCAAGGAGGAGGAGGUGAAACCAGUGAAGGAGCCAGAUUUGAAGCCUCAGACAGACACAGGCUGUGUCAUUUCCUAAACCCCCCAAACACUUCAUGUACAGCAUCAUGCUUCACCUCCAUCGACUGUACUGAUGGCAUCUAUAUUUCCUUCCAAGUAUACAUCCAUAGGAAAUGUAUUUUUUAAUUAAUCCAUGACGUUUUACAUUUAUGCUAAGACAUGUGUAUUGUAUUUGGGUAUGACUGCCGUUGUUAUUGCAUUUAAACCAGAGCCAGUUAAACAUCAUAGCUCACAUGUUUGGAGUUUAAUUAGGGCCCGAGCACCGACAGUGCUUUCGCUUGAUUGUUCAGGAAAAUUAGUCGUAUUUUUGACGGCUUAAACAUACUCAAAAACUCUAAACUUCGCGGGCGUAUCAGGCAUGAUGAAAAUGUAUGUAUUCUGGAGUAAUCUAAAUGGCUCAACGGUGCCCCCUAAAACACAACAGGAGGUCGGCCAUCUUUGAUUUUGUGGUCAUUUGGGCUGUUUUACAUGUGUAUUUUUAACAAACUCCUAGAGCUUUCAUCAGAUCAACCUUCUCAAACUAAACAUCAAACCUCUUUCACACAAUCGCAUUCCCGCCCUAAACAGAUCCGUAUGUCAAUAUUGACUCAUCGUCACUGUGCCUACUGCUGGGGACAGGAAGUGACAAGUUUUAUACUUUGAUGCUUCGAGUAUGUUCAAGCCGUCAAAACAGCCCUCAGCCUUGCUUUGACCUCAUUGGAUCUCUCCAGAGGUUUUUCCCGUCAGUCUGUAACCUCAGCAGAGUCUUCUUUGUUUCGCAGAGCUGGAUAUUGAGGUCAGCACUGAAACUCUUCUCCUGUACCAGCAAUUCAAAGAGCUCCAGAUAUUGAUUUGCCACCUUUUUCUUAUUUUUUUACUUUCGCCCCCUUCCCCACUAGGCUCCCGAUAGUCAUCGUACAUGAUGAACAUUUUUUUUCAUCCUCUGCAGUUCUUGUCUGCUCUUCUCUUCAUUCUCCUUUUCCCUCAGUUCUGCAAGGUACAGAGGGAAAUGGAUCAGCCGUAGGUCACUCAUCUUGUGUGCAUUUAUGGUCUUUUCCUCGUUUAACGUCACUGCUGAGUUUAGUUGUUCAGAUGAUUACACAGAAUAUCUUAAACCUUUGAUACACAAGCUACGCAAACCCCUUCUAAUGCACAACAUGGGUCAAAGAUGACCCGUAUUCAUUUCCUGUGUUAAUUCAUGCACGGCUGGAAGUUUCUUUGCCAUAUUCUUUUAUAAGUUAUAUGUAGAAGAAAACGUCUUCAUUUAGGAGAAGUCAUCAAAGCAGCCUACUUCAUUUAGGAGAGCUGGAGUCCAAGACACACCCACAACUCCAGCUUGAUUCUACAGUGUAGAACAUAGUCUAGGUCCUCCGCAAUCAGAGAUUUCAGACUCGCAAUCAAGAUUAAGAAUUGCCUCAUCAUUUCCCCCAUCCUGUUCUUCAUACAGCAUCUUUAUGACCAUUAUACCUUGAGUCUAAAAUGAUAGCGACUAGCCAACAAUCUGUAUAAAGAGAAUCAAAAGCAUAUUUUCAGAUGCAUAUGAAUCAGUCAAUUAAGUAUAUACUGUUAUAUUUCGUGCUUUAUUUUGUGGAUCUAGCUAUGGUUUGCCAACGAGAAAAGAAGCUAGCUAGCUAACCGCUAGUUAGUAUUGUACAUCUUUCUCUUUCUAACUAUUAAUGAUUAGUGAGAAAGAAAAUAAGACUUACAAGCAUCAGAUGGGCAAAAGCAGCUGUCUGAAAUUAAUAGUAGGUGUUCCGUAAUGAAAACAUACUGUAUGGGUCAUUUUAGACCGAUGUGUUGAAAAGUGAUGUAGAAAUACAAAAUGUACUUUCGUUCAUAAAGUAAGAAAGGAUAAUGAUUUGUAAUCAAAAACAAGAUAUUUAAUGAAUAUUUAGAAUAUUUAUUGAUAAAAUACUUUCAUUUCAAACAUAUCAAAGAAACACUCAUGCUUGAAAUAACACUAGAAGUGAAUACGGGAUCCUUUUUGACCCAUGUUGUACAUUAAAAGGGUAUUUAUACAAACAAUAUUUUGAUUGAAAAAGUAACAAAGUAAACAUUUAAAUACGGAUUAAGAUUGGAGAUCUUUUGAUCAUCACAAAUCCUUAAUACAUUUUUCUCCAAUCCAAGUUAAUUGCGGAAUACCUGAAAUACCGAAUGAUGAAAUUCAAAAGAUAUAGAUCAAAAAAGAGCUGGGUCACUUUGUUGUAUAUCAAAGGGUUAAGCUGAAAGAAUAACACUUGUUUGUGACUUUCAACAGUAACUCCACCCAGGCUUUAUAAAAAUUGAACACUUCAAAGGAUUCAUUAGGGCAAAUAAUUCUUUGUCAUUUUGCUUUAAUGAUACAGUGUCAGUGGUCAUACAUUCCUUUGAUGUCUUAGACUGUUGUUAAAGGAAACAUUGUAUACGAUCUGAAGAGAAACAUGUGUUUUUGCCCUGAACAGAUUUAUUAGUCUGACAGUGAUAUCACCACUUAUUUACCAAAAGGGAGGUAAGCCUCGUUUUACAUUAAUUCGAUUUAAAUAACAUUUUCAACAAAUGGACAGGUCUUCUAGGCCUUGGUUAGGAUAACUUUUGAAAGAUUUUCUUUAAUUUAGGAUAUUUAUACUGAUGAAAAAGCCUUAUGGGCAAUGCAGUAAUAUGAAUGGUGCCUUUGCCUGCAUUAACCUGUUCACUGUUUCCUCUUAUAAGUGUCUGGGUGUUAAACUCUUAACCGCUUUAUUGCUCUGGCCUUGUGAUAGACAAUUUAAAAAAGGCACAUCGGUCUAUUAAACUUAAUAAAUGGUUAUAUAUUGAAUAUA